UACGAAGUUCAUGAUAGAAGUUUAGCCACAGAUUUACUUGUUGGUAUUCUUAACCGCACCUUGAUUAGCCGACCUGAUCUUAAGCUUGUUGUGAUGAGUGCUACCCUACAGGCUUUUAACAGAGAGUAUUUUAGAGGUGCGCCUCUCAUCAAAGUCCCUUCUGAUAGGCUCCUCCAUCCAGUGGAGAUCUUGUACACUCGAGAACCUGUGAUGGACUAUCUCGAGUCUGCCAUAAGCAAAGUUAUCGAGAUUCACAUGUGUGAACCAACAGGUGACGUUCUUGUUUUCUUGACCGGGGAAGAAGAGAUUGAACAUGCUUGCAGCAGAAUUGUCCGUAGUCUUGGAGAUCAAGUCACCGUUGUGCCCUUGUAUUCCUCUCUUCCAUCAGCCCUGCAACACAAGAUCUUCUAUCCUACACCACCACCACAUUCAGUGAGAAAGAUCAUCGUCUCCACCAACGUUGCUGAGACUUCUUUGUCCAUGGACGGGAUUGUUUAUGUGGUUGAUCCUGGUUUCUCCAAGCAAAAGAACUAUAGUUUUCUCACUUCUGAUGAGUUCUGGUCGGUGUCCCGGAUAUCACAAGCAAGUGCUUACCAGAGAGCAGGACGUGCCGGUGAAAAAUGUUUCAGGCUCUACACUGAGAAGACUUUCAAUGACUUCAUGGAUGGGGAGACUCCUGAGAUACUUAGAUCAAACCUUGUUAAAACAGUUUUGACUUUGAAAAGGCUGGGUGUGGACGACUUGACAUUUUUUGAAUAUAUAGAUCCUCCUUGCACUCGAAUGCUCCUUCGGGCCUUGACCGAUUUGUUUCAUCUGGGAGCUGUGGAUGACCAAGGUAACCUGACAAAUAUAGACCAUAUGAUGGAGAGUUUGGAAGAGCCACUUUGAAUUCUUUUUAUAAAGUUCUUAAUUUUUUUCUUGUGUUGCAGAGAGAAACUAAUAGAUAUGGAAAUUUAUUAUAAGCGCCUAGCGUCACUUUUUUUUUUAUAAAUAAAAUUAUUUAAUUUAUUUGUAGAUUUCUUAAACUUUGAAUUUUUACAAGUUAUUUUCAUAAUGAAGAUAUAGCUUCUUAAAUGGAAAUAAUCACGAUUGGUGUUGUGAUACGGUCUGUUUUGUUUUCUCCACUACAAGCUCUAGCUAGUGUUCGCCUUAACAAAAGGCAAAGCUAUUAACGAUCUCAAACUCAAAGGUCUGAAUUAGGAUGGUUUCCUGCGAGGAUGAGAGAGAUCUCCAGACCACGACUAAACGCUUGGUUAAACAUCAUACGUGUUUGGAACGUCGAGAGAAAUGGGAACCACGAGCAGAACGCAACGGGAAGGAAUAUGAGCAUUCCCAUUCCUGCAUCAUACAGCCUUGCUAGUGAACGGAUCGACUUCCACAUCCCAAUUCGCUUUAUGAUUGGCUUCCAAGCGCACGCAAUCUAACAACAAAGAGAGGAUUACAUAUGUUAAAAACUUAGACCUCAUGCAAGUGAUUAGAUACUACAGGUAGUGAAACUUACGGAGAGGAUUCCCCAUCCAGUUGGUAUAAGGGCUAAUACAGUAGCGAAUAUGUCUGUCACUGACAAGUCUGUGAGUACAACCCCUACGGUUACGACAGUUAAAGCCACCAAGAAGGUAAUGCCUUGUGCAAGUCUCAGCACAAGCUGGAAACUAACAGAAAUCUUCCGACUGAAGGUAAAGACCU